CAGGAUAUGAAACCUGCCUUUUGGAUGGCGCCAACAGUUGCUGCUGAAGCCAGGAAACCAACGAUCUUCCGGGGUACUCCAGGACAAGAUCCGACAAAAUGGCUGAAGGAAUACCAGAGAGUGUCAUCGUACAAUCAUUGGGAUGACACUAUGCAAUUAGCUAAUGCCUACUUCUUCCUGGACGGCACCGCAAGACAAUGGUACGAAAACAAUGAGGACUCACUGACGUCUUGGACUUUAUUCGAAAAUGGUUUGAAAGUGACCUUUGGAGACACACAAUCCUACCUCAGACGAGCGAAAGACCACCUCAAGUCUCGCGCACAAAAAUCCGGCGAAAGCAUCCAGUCUUACAUUCAAGACGUUCUCGGACUUUGCAUUCAGGUUGACCCGACCAUGUCCGAAGGAGAUAAGGUUUCCCACCUCAUGAAGGGCGUCGCAGAAGAUGUGUUCCAAGCCCUUCUUACGAGAGAAAUCCUAACAACAGCCGAUUUUACAAAGUGGUGCCUGUACAUAGAAGAAAUGAGACAAAAGAGAGUGGGACGGUACAAGUUUAAUCCUAGUCAAAUGGGAAGUUGA